GCAGGCGCGAUGGCGCGCGGGCUGGGGGCAGGGUUUGAAUGAGGCCGAGGCCGGGCUCGAGCUUUCGUCGGAUCGCAGGAGCAGCAGCGACAUGCCGGUCUUCACAGUAAAUGUCAAAUGGGGGAAGGAGAAAUUUGAUGGAUUAGAGUUGAACACUGAUGAUCCACCUGUAGUUUUCAAAGCACAGUUAUUUGCAUUAACUGGAGUUCAGCCUGAAAGGCAGAAGGUUAUGAUUAAAGGAGGCACACUAAAGGAUGAUGAAUGGGGCAGCAUCAAGAUAAAGAGUGGAAUGACUUUGUUAAUGAUGGGAUCAGCAGAAGCAUUGCCUGAAGAACCAGUUGUACGUCCGACUUUUAUGGAAGACAUGACAGAAGAGCAGCUUGCUUCAGCUAUGGACCUUCCAUGUGGGCUCACCAAUCUUGGAAACACUUGCUAUAUGAAUGCCACAGUUCAAUGUCUACGAUCAGUGCCUGAACUCAGGGACACUCUUAAAAGAUAUAAAGGUGCCUUGAGAACUUCAGUAGCUAUGACUCCGCCACAAUAUAUCACAGCAGCUUUUCGAGACUUGUUUGAUUCAAUGGAUAAAACAUCCUCUAGCAUUCCACCUAUAAUUCUACUUCAGUUUCUUCACAUGGCUUUCCCACAAUUUGCAGAAAAGGGGGAUCAAGGACAAUAUCUUCAACAGGAUGCUAAUGAGUGUUGGAUACAGAUAAUGAGAGUGCUACAGCAGAAACUUGAUCCUAUAGAAUCAUCAAUGGAGAGUAAUUCGGAGGGUGCAACAGCUUCAACCACCAAGAAAAAUUUCAUUGAUCAAUUCUUUGGCGUAGAAUAUGAAACAUCCAUGAAGUGCACUGAAACAGAUGAUGAGGAAGUAACAAAGGGCAAAGAAACACAGCUUCAACUUAGUUGUUUUAUUAAUCAGGAAGUUAAAUAUCUUUUUACAGGCCUGAAAUUGCGUCUUCAUGAAGAGAUUACUAAACAUUCUCCUACAUUGCAAAGAAAUGCUUUGUACAUAAAAUCUUCUAAAAUUCAGCGUUUACCUGCAUACCUUACGGUUCAGAUGGUGAGGUUUUUCUACAAGGAAAAAGAGUCUGUAAAUGCCAAAGUUCUCAAGGAUGUCAAGUUUCCUCUAAUGCUGGAUGUGUAUGAGCUAUGUGUACCAGAGCUACAAGAAAAAAUGAUUCCACACAGAUCAAAAUUCAAGGAACAAGAAGACCGGAAAGUCAAUAUGCAGACAAUGAAGGCUGACAAUAAGAAUGGAAGUGGAGAACCCAAAGAGGUCAAAUACGCACCAUUUUAUUUCCCUGAUGAUUUAGGCUCCAACAACAGUGGAUAUUAUGAUCUAAUGGCGGUGCUAACACAUCAAGGCAGGUCGAGUUCAUCUGGUCAUUAUGUAGCUUGGGUGAGAAGAAAAUCAGAUGAGUGGAUCAAAUUCGAUGAUGAUAAAGUCAGUGUUGUGGCACCUGAAGAUAUUCUGAAGUUGUCUGGUGGAGGCGACUGGCACAUAGCCUAUGUUCUACUAUAUGGUCCUCGUAGACUAGAAAUAAUUGAAGAUGAAACCCCACAAUGAUGUCAUGAUUGAGCACAACUAGCUUAAUUUUUGUUAACCUGCAUGGCUAUUAAUGUUUUAUGAUACCUUCACUUUUUGUAGCUGACGUUAAGUAAAACUGAAAAAGGAAGGUAUUGCCUCAACUGUGUUUCUGAUACUGCUUCACAUCAUCUACCAUACCUUUUGCAAACAAAUUGGGUGUUCAUUGAGGAAAGCCUGUGGAGUUGAUCUAGUCUUAUUUCUGACAUUUCUCAAUGUGGAAUAAAAAGGUGAUCCAUAA